AUGAGUUACCACAACCACAGACAUCCUCCUCCGCCACCUGGACCAUCACCACCACACGGUCCCCCGGGACCACCAGGUCCACCGCCACCUGUCUUCCACCAUCCACCACCGCCUCCGGACCCAUUUGCUCCCCCACCACCACUUCAUCAUCAUCAUCCACCACCGCCUCCACCAGAUCCCCGUCCUCCUCCACCACCGGUUCUGCAUCAUCAUCAUCAUCAUCAUCCGCCGCCGCCGGGGCCUCCACCGCCUGGAUGGCCUAAUCCUCCGCCUCCACGAAUCAGUUCAACUAACUUAAAUUACACGUGGUCUAAUUUAAUAAAGCUCCAACCAAUAAGAACUAUUCUCAUCAUCCCCCCUCAACUCAAGGUGGGAGGUGCAUAUCAAGCAAUCCCAGCUUGCCAACUAGCUGCUGAAACGUUCGUGGAGCCAAGGCUUUGGUAUUCGAAACUCACUUCUGCUCUUCUCUCUAUUGGUUAUCAACAGUCCGAAGCUGAUCAUUCCCUUCUCACCAAAUCUCAGCCUGGUUCUUUCACCGCUCUUCUCAUUUACGUUGAUGAUAUUGUGUUAGCUGGGGAUGAUGCUAAGGAAAUUCAGCAUGUUAAACAAUUCCUUGAUGCUACGUUUCGCAUUAAGGAUUUGGGGGCCCUACACUACUUCCUUGGUUUAGAGAUAUUCUGA